CCUCUCCGCUCUCCAUCAUCAUCUGCAGAAAAAUGCGAGAGGGGAUCCGUAACAAAAUGUCAACUCGGGCUGCUCUCCCCCUCUUGCAGACAUGAGCGGAGUCCCGUUUGCCUCUUCUUUCCGCAACAAGCCGCUUUCACCAUGCGGAUCCACGGCAAAGUAGUUGUGAUCGCCGUGUGUUUGGGAGUUUUCCUACUUUUGUACUUUUGGGGGGGGAACGCCGGGGACGAUCCGCUGUUAAAAGAAGUUGUAGAGGAGGAGGAAGAGGACAGCAGAAACUCUUCCCCGUCGCCCUCUGAGCUCGGACGCGAUGUUGCAGCAAACUUUGCGAAGAAACCCUCCGUUGGAGUCGGUGUGCGCGCGGAAGAGCCCCUCAAGAGACGAAAGGACGGGAGAGCGAUCAUCAGUGGGGCCAGCGUGAAUGCAAAGAGUAAAUGGCAAAGUAAUGUGGCCCCACCUGUGACCAAGCGCAGACGGGCAGAGGAGGUCAUGCACCUGGCUGUGGUGGCCUGUGGGGAUCGUCUGGACGAGACGCUCACCAUGGUCAAAUCAGCCCUUUUGUUCAGCUUCAAGGGGAUCAAGUUUCACAUUUUUGCUGAGGACCCUUUGGCCCCACAGUUUAUAGAAAGGCUGAACCAGUGGCGUCGCUCCGUCUCAGCCAAGUUCCAGUACAGCAUCUACCCUAUCACCUUCUCUGUGGGGAACGCUGACGAAUGGAAGAAGCUGUUCAAGCCGUGUGCUGCUCAGAGACUCUUCCUCCCUGUCAUCCUGAAAGACGUGGACUCGUUACUCUAUGUAGACACUGAUGUGCUGUUCUUGCGGCCCAUGGAUGAUAUCUGGAGUCUCCUAAAGUCCUUCAACAGCACCCAGCUGGCAGCAAUGGCCCCAGAGCACGAGGUCCGAAAGAUCGGCUGGUACAGCCGUUUUGCACGCCACCCGUUUUAUGGAGUCACAGGGGUCAACUCUGGUGUCAUGCUGAUGAAUCUCACAAGGAUCCGCAGCACAAUGUUUAAAAACAGUAUGAUCCCCAGUGGCUUGUCAUGGGAGGAUCUUCUACAUCCACUCUAUCAGAAGUACAAGAACCACAUCACCUGGGGAGAUCAGGACCUCCUCAACAUUAUCUUCCACUACAACCCAGAGUGUCUCUUCAUCUUUCCCUGCCAGUGGAACUACAGGCCAGAUCACUGUAUGUACGGGAGUAACUGUAAAGGAGCUGAAGAGGAGGGUGUGUCUAUUCUUCAUGGCAACCGUGGAGUGUAUCAUGAUGACAAGCAGCCAGCGUUCAAAGUAGUCUAUGAUGCAAUACGUGAUUUUCCCUUUGAGGACAACAUGUUCCAGUCGCUGUUCUUCCCAAUCCAGACCAAGUUCUUGGACACAGUCAACACCCUGUGUGGUCGGAUUCCUCAAGUCUUCCUCAAGCAGAUAGAAAAGACCAUGAGGAAGGUGUUUGAGGACAAAGUGAUCCGACACGUCAGACCGCACAAAUAACAUAUUUUUGAUUCCCUGGUAUAUCUGAAAACCCCAAGGACCAUCUUUCUGUGGAUUAUGUAUCAUACCAGUGUCUCCCAGAUUGAACUGUCGGCUCUAUUUUUGCAGUGUACUCAACACAGAACACUUCCUGGAAUGAUCUUAUGAACAUAAUGAUCCUCUAGUGAUGGGAUGGGUAAUAAGCCUAUGUAUACAGAGAAGCAUACAGUGCUGGUCAGUGAUGCCGUAGAAUAGGUUUGCCUUAUUGCUGUCUUAAACUUUUCAAAUCCCAGUUAUGUACAGUGGUGAAAUGUAGCAUGUAUGUAUGUUGGAAAGCUACAGUGAACAAAAAAUGACUGCAUGAAUUUUUUUUGUGUUAAGAAUUAUGAAAAUAUCAGCUCUUCAUCUCAAGUGUAGGCUAAAAGCAACAUUUAAGGCAUAAGGUGUGUGUCAACCGAGCAUUUAACAAAGUAUCGACAUUUAUUUUUCAUCCUGAAUAUGGUAUAGACUAAACAAAGUCAACUUUGGACUUACUACUUGAAGUUGUAGAUAUGUAAACCACUCCUCUAAAAUCAUGUGAAUGCUUUACCAGCAAAUAACUUGAAAUGUGAGCCUGUGUGAAUGAGAAGAGUUCUGGUCUGUUCUGCAGUUGCCAAAUGCCACUGACAGUAUUAAAUACAGCACAACAGAGGAAAUAUGGACCUUUAUGUUACGCACCGAAUGUUAAAAUGCACUUUCAGAAUGAUAUUAGGACUGGAUUGUUGUUUGCACACAACACGUCCACAUUAGUCUGUCUGUCUCUAGUGAAUCAAAACCAAAAGCAUUUAAAAAUAGUAACAUACUACAGCUGAUUACAGUUGCAAUCAGAUGAGCACCAUGCAAGCAUGCAAAGCUUGGUUCAGGGGUCACUCCUGGAGUGUCCUUGAGUGGCCAUUAGUGAAAAUCUUUAGUGGGAUUUGUAGAAAGGAAGAAAGGAGUGGCAGCACGGAAACCAAAGAAUAUUAGUGAGCUGGAAGCUUUUGCACAUGAGGAAUGGGCUGAAAGUCCAAAAGAGAGGUGUUAGCAGAAGCUUGUGAGAAACUACCAGAAAUGUUUAGUGGAGGCCAAAAAGGUCAAAGGAUGCUCGACAAAAUAUUGACUUUGGAGAUGAAUGAUUUUGCUUAUGGGCCUUUUGGAGAAUAUUUUAUUUAUCUUUAGUACUAUUAUUAAGUCCAACAUUAUGUUCUCAAAAUGUAUUAUUAAACUUUCUGUUUACCAAGGCCUUAGUUGACAUGUUAACAUUGAAUUUUAUUCACAUCACUAGAAUGUCUUGCCAGGUUAAGGGGGUUGAAUGAUUUUGAAUGCAACUGUAUGUGCCAUAUAAAUAUUCAUGUCUGCCAUGUUUACUAUUACAAGAUAAUGAGUUGUAUCUGUAUGUGUUUUGAGACGGUAUCUUAGUUUGUAAUAUGAUGUAUGGUCUGUUGUGAACACAUGGGUCAUAUGCUUUUUAGCAGCAUUACUCAUGUGAUGUAAUGAUCUAAAUAUAUCGUUCAAACUGGAAACUGAAAAUGGCUGUACAGUCAACAUGGGUUUAUAAAUAAAUCAAUGCAAUGUA